AUGGAAUGGACACCCGCAACGUUGGCGGCAGAAGCGGCAGCAGGAGCAUCGGGAGCGGCGUCGCUGGUGGCGGCACCCCCGCUGCAAGAGGGUGGGUUCCGCCGCCCGGCACUGACUCCGCUCUUUACCCCUCCAAAGGCGGCGACGGCGGCGUCUCAUCGUCCCCCUUCCCCCCUCACCAGCGGCGGCUGCCGCGAGUUUUCCGCCACCUCUGCCGCUGGGUCGGCACCAGGCCAUUAUGGCGCUGGUUCGGGGGCCCCGAGCCCCUCUGGCUCGGGACCCAGUCCUGCAGGCUCGGCACCCAGCCCCAGAGGUUCGGGCCCCAGCCCUGCAGUAUCCACCGCCGCAUCACACGCAGAAGCAGAAGCAGAAGCAGGGGCGGUGCUGUGCCCUUCUGAAACCGUCAGCUUGCAUCCUGACCGAGAACCCUGCCCGGCGAAAAAAAUAGUCGACUGGAGGAUCACACCGGGUGUUAUCAGCAGCGCAAUUUCCUACGCGUCCACUAGUGGACGGGUGGAAUCAGGAGCAGUAGCUGAAGCGGAUCAUCCUUCUGCUGCUGGUAGCACCACUCUCCUCCCAUCUGCUAGCUCUACCCCUGCUGGUGCUGAUGCUGCUGCUGCUGCCACUGGAGUCGCCCCUUCAGCUCCUCUCUCCCCUAUAAUCAACUACCUUAAUGAGCAUAACCAUGACGCACCGAACCCCCCUCACUCCCGCCCGCCCAUCUCCCAGCGCUUGCAUAUCCCCCUUAGACGCCUCCCUGCUUCCGUCACAGGCUUGCUGAUUCAUGGGAAUGCCACAUCCGACUCGGAUAUGGUUCAGGAAUUACCUCCGACUGAAAACGCCGCUGUAGGAGGUCAGGUGCAGGAGAGGGAGGCUCGUGUUUCAGACGGCUCUGGUGGUAACCAGGUUACAGUCAAAAGUGAGGGCGUGAGCAUGGGAGGAUCCACAGUGCGAGCGGGAGCAGUGGGCACUUGUCAGUAUUCAGGUGUUGGUGUGGGUAGUGUGGGUGGUGUGUGUGUUGGUCAGAUGGAUGGACAGGGGGAGCAGGUGGGCGGAGGGAUGUUUACAGCUAAUCUGGACCUUUUGAGAGGGAAAGAGUUAGUGCAGCAGCAGUGUUGGGUAGCAGGGAGUGAUGUGGCUAUGGGAGGCGUGUCAUUGCCUUUUGUGGACACAUGGCAGCAGCAGCAGCAGCAGCAGCAGCAGCAGCAGCAGCAGCAGCAGCAGCAGCAGAAAAAAGAGAAGAAAGAACUGUCAAUCUCAGCACUGCCAGCAGGCCUUCAGACGUCCCAGAACGCAUUUCCAGCAGUGGCGACAGGAGCAGAGGCAGAAUCAGGCUUUGGCAUGGCAUGCCCUUUUGAGAACCCCUCCAAAGAAGCAGCAGCGGCAGCAGCAUUGGCGGCAGCAGCGGUGGCAGGCGAAGGGGUAGAAUCAGGGUUUGGGUUUGAGAUGGAGUGUGCGGGAGCUGAGGCGUUGCGGUCUCAGUCUCUCUUGGAUCAAUACUUAGAGCGACAGCAGCACGAGCAGCCUUUUGAGUCGACUCAGAAGCAACCGCAGCAGGAGGAGCAGCAGCAAGCAUGGCACUCUCUGUGCUUCCCUGUGCUGUCAUCCUCUUCAGCCUUUGCAUCGCCCACCUUCUCUCCCUGCCUCCUCCCUUCUACCACUCUCCCCUCUAUCGCUCUCCCCUCCACUGCUCUCUCCUCUAGCGCUAUAUCUGACUCUGUCACCCGCAUCCUUAGCCAGGUAACACCUUCCCCGGUCGUCCCUUCCCAGGCUGCCUCCUCACACGCCCUAUCCUCGUUAUUAGCAGCUUCAGAUGCCGAGCCAUCCUCCCCUGGUACUAUCGCUGCAGCCUUCCCUUCGACCACCCUCGCUUCUGCUUUCCCAUCCACCAGCCAAGCACACACCGUCUCGUACCCUUCUUCCGACACCCGCCUCUCUCAAGCCUUUUCCCUUCCUGCUAAGACCCAUGCGCUCCCUGCAAUCCCCACGUUACCUCAGAGCCGUAGCACCCCUGCAGCUCCCUCUGAAAUUUACAGCAGCAGCACUUUCCCAGGUUCGGCAGGGAUUCCUGGAGGUUCGGCAGGGAUUCACGGCACAGCAGCAACAACUGUACGAGUGCAGCGGGCGCAGGACCUGGGGGUUACAGAUGCUCCCUUGAGCUUGCUGCUAGGCCGAAGAAAGCAGCAGCAGCAGGAGCAGCAGCAGCAGGUGCAGGCACAGCAGCAGCAGGUUAAGCAGCAAAAGUACCAGCAAGGCCAGCAGCAGUGGCAACAGCAGCAGCAAGAGCAGCAGAAAUGGCAGCAGCAGCAGCAGCAGCAGCAGCAGCAGCAGCAGCAGCAGCAGCAGCAGCAGCAGCAGCAGCAGCAGCAGCAGCAGCAGCAGCAGCAGCAGCAGCAGCAGCAGCAGCAGCAGCAGCAGCAGCAGCAGCAGCAGCAGCACCAGCAGCAGCAGCAGCAGCAGCAGCAGCAGCAGCAGCAGCAGCAGCAGCAGCAGCAGCAGCAGCAGCAGCAGCAGCAGCAGCAGCAGCAGCAGCAGCAGCAGCAGCAGCAGCAGCAGCAGCAGCAGCUGCAGAAACACCAGCAGGAUCAGCACGUGGAGCAGGAGCAGCAGCAGCAUUGGUGGGAUGCAUUUGUAACUGCUGCUCCUCUCACACAACUGAUGCCCCUGACAAUGCAGGCUCCCCCUCUCCUUCUCUCCCUUUCCCCCUCCCUCCCCUUCCUUCCUUUGUCCCACCCUCCCUUCCCACCACCCGUCCCUGCGCCUUUCCACCCCCCAACGUCGUUCUCCCACCCACGUCGGCCCCCCACCUCCCCCCAUUUCUCCCCCCCCACCCUCCCCACCCCUCCCCCCAUCUCCCUCCCCCCCCCACCCUGCAACACUCUUUCCCCCGCCGCAACCCUCUUCCCCCCACAGCUGCUCAAGUCGUACCGAUUGGGAGCGCUCACGAGCAUUGAGCUAGUCACCAGUGACACCACAGGCCGCUCCUUCCUCCUGGUGUUUGACGAGAAGACGGACAGCUCACAGCCUCAAUGGACCACGAGGACUGUUGACGACAGGAACCAGCUGGUGUUUCUGCUGCUCAAGAUGUGCAAGGACUACCUCAAGACACUCCCAAAAGUCAUUGGGCUCGACGUGGUCGACCUCGCCCUCUGGGCCAAGAAAAACGCCAAGUCGUUGCCAGGAGGAGCGCGGCUGACAGAGGAAGGGGAGGGCGAGGCGGUGGGGGUGGAGAGCGAGUCGAUGAUGGCGCAGGACAGCCUGGUGUCCAAGGUGGAGGAGGAGGACAUGGAGGCGCUCCUGGGCACCUAUGUGAUUGGCAUUGACGAGGCAGAGGCGUUUAGUGAGAGGCUGAAGAGGGAGCUGGGAGCAUUAGAGGCCGCGAACGUGCAUGCCAUUCUGGAAAGCGAGGCACUGGUGGAGGAGGUGGUUGACAGCCUGGACGAGGCGGCAGGGCGGGUGGAGGACAUGGAGAACUGGCUGAACGUGUUCAACGUGAAGCUGAAGCACAUGCGCGAUGACAUUGAAUCGAUCGAGGCGCAGAACAACAUGUUGGAGAUGCAGGCGAAGAACAACAAGAAGCUUCUAGAAGAACUGGAGACGCUGCUAGAGUCGCUCUACAUCCCCCCCCAGUGCAUCCGCGUCCUCUCCUCGGGCUCCCUCGAUGAGCCCGCCAUGCCCAACACGCUGGAGGCUGUGGGGUGGCUGGUGGAUGCCGUGAAGAAACUGGAGCCGCCGCAGCUGGACCAGAACUAUGUCAACAUGCGCGCGGUGCGCGAGAAGAAGGCAGAGCUGGACAGCUUGAAGAACGGCUUCGUGCAGCGAGCCACCGAUUUCAUCCGCUCCUUCCUCUCCUCCACUGUGGAGGCCGCUGCGAAGUCUCAGAGGGGCCCUCCUGACCAUCGGGAGCUGCACCGCAGAUGGUCUGCCUACACUCAGCUCAUCCACUGCCUCAAGGAGCUGGAUCCCAACGUGUUGGACAACAUUCGCCGCACAUACAUCCACUCUCUCAACAUGCUGCUCAGGCGCGAGGCUCGUGAGUUCUCAACAGAUCUCCGUGCAUCAGCGCGUGUCUCUGCCAAGACCAGCACAGCCCCACCUUUCCUCGAGCAAGGCAGUGCUACCCUGCCGCCUGCUGCUGACUCCCAGGCCGCCAGCGAUGCAUUCGCCAAGAUGCUCCGCGCGUUCCUGCCGCUUAUCUCCGAAGAGGGUCUCUUUUUCCAGCAGUUCCUCUGCUUCUCCCCAGCAGCAGAUGAGGACGAAGAGCCCUUGUCGGACGAGGAUGCGGCAGCGCUAGCGGCAGCAGCGGAGCAGCUAUUCGAGGGCAUUCAUGAGGACUUUGUGGCCAUGGUGGAGUGGGUAUUCAAGGUGGACCCGCUGCGCUGCAUCACUCUCGUGGGGCACACGGAGGCGUGGCAGCAGCAGCAGCAGCAGCUGCAGCUGCAGCACGGGGCCGACGCAGGGGGGUGUGGAGCCGUCAUUACCAGGAAGCUUCUGCUCGAGCUGGAGACCAGAAUCAGGCAGAAUUUCUUCCGGUAUGUGGAGGAGGCGAACGGGCAGAUUGAGCGGUACGACAGGGGCGUGAAGCAGGCGGGCGUGCUGUCCUAUGUGCCUCGCUUUGCAGCGCUGGCGGUGCGAAUGGAGGGGCUGGUCAUGGGCACGUGCAGAGACCUGGUGGACCAGGCUUAUAACAAGCUGGUGAGCACCAUGUUCUCUACCCUGGACCGCAUUGCUCAGAUCGACCCCAAGCACUGCGACGUGCUGCUGCUGGAGAAUCACGCGGCCUUCCAGAACAGCACGUAUGAUCUGGCAGGCACCAUCCCCACGCUGCGCCUCUUCUACCAGCAGUCCAGUGAGACAUACGAGACGGCGUGCACGCGCUACAUCGACUCAGUCAUCUUCGGGAAUUUCGACAAGUUGUUUGAGUAUCUUCAGAAGAUCAAGAACCUGCUGCUGACCAUUGAAACAGAGGAGAUUCCGUUCCAGAUUGGCUUCAGCAAAGCCGACCUGCGCAAAGUGCUCAAAUCGCAACUCACUGGGGUGGAUCGUUCACUCAACUCCAUGUUCAACAAGAUGCGGAAGAAUCUCACGUCGGGUGACCUGCUUCCCUCGCUCUGGCUCAAAUGCCAGGAGAGCUUCAUGGAGCGAUACGAAGAAUUGGAGGCUGUGGUGGCAAAGUGCUAUGCAAAUGAAGCUAUCAGCCCGUCUUCAAGGGAAAUGCGCGAUGCCUUCAACUCCAUUGUUGCUUAA